UCUACCAUUCGUCGCCCAGAUGAACUGCAUUCGCGUCACCAAACUCCCUGUGGUGGCCCAUCACGGAUCCCAGGAAAGACAAACUCUCGUCCCUCGAGCUUCAUUGGGCAACAUCGUCGACAUGCUGAUCGAUCAAGUGGAUCGACAGAGUCAACGAUUACAUAUAAGUCUUGCGAUAGACGAACUAGGUCUCCUGACGUCAUUUCUUUCAAAACCACUUCCCCUUCACCCCUGCGCCGAAAAUCUCGUGAGCCAUCAUCAGCCCCCCGGAACCGUCACAACCGCCCUCUCUCUGACUACGAGUUCCGUGAACGGGCGCGUAUGCGGGUCCGCAGAGCAUCGAAUUUUUCAAGCAGACGCAUAUAUCGGUGUUCAAUGCGACUUGGAGACCGCGACCGUGCUUCACCUACUCUUCAACCUCAUUCUCUCCAUUCUGUAAGACCGGUUGGGACGCGGGAAUGUCUUUCACCGGACGACCGGUUCGAUCGGUCCGGCUACUUAAGAGAGCGGGACGCAAGGUCAUCCUCACGAACGCAUACACAUUCUAGCGGGAGACCUGAAGCGUACAGUGGUUCUAGUAAACGGCGCUAG